AUGGUUGCAUCACCACCACCAUCUCCAUCUAAUGUACGUGGACCUAAGUUUGAUGACUCUAGCUCAAGCUUAGACCCUUAUGAUGUACCAGCGUCGGACAAUCCGUCGACUGUGCUUUAUUCCCCUGUGUUAACAGGUGAUAAUUAUCCCACAUGGUCAAGGGGUAUUGCUCGGGCUUUAAGAGCCAAGAACAAAUACGGCUUUGUUGAUGGUACAAUAGCGAAACCGUUAGCUUCUGAUGACAAACUUCCAGCUUGGAUUCGUGCAAACAAUCUGGUUUGUAUUUGGAUUGCCAAUUCCUGUGAAGCUGAGAUAAAACGAAGCAUCAGUUGGAUAAAAAACGCUAGGGAUAUUUGGAUUGAUCUUGAGGAUCGAUUUUCUGAAACAAAUAUGCCUCGAAUCUUUGAUUUAAAACGUCAUAUAUCCACUCUCAAACAAGAAGAUUCUAGUAUAUCUUCUUAUUACACCAAGCUUAAAAGUCUGUGGGAUGAGGUAGGCGCUCUUACACCGGUUGAACCUUGCACCUGCGGUAAUGGAAAGCAAGUGCUUGAACAGCUCAACAGAGACAAAGCAAUGGAGUUCUUACAGGGACUUCAUGACAUAUUUUCGGCCGUAAGAAGCAACAUCCUUCUUAUGUCUCCUUUUCCGACGCUUGCGAAGAUUUACUCCCUUGUUCGUCAGGAAGAACAACAACAAUUUAUCAACGUUGCUGCUACACCCCAGAUUGACAGCGCAGCCUUGUCUACCAGAUUUGCACCUCGACCUUCCCCUUGGAGCAACACCAAUGGAUCGAGCAGCAAGAAGCCGCGACCAUCUUGUGAUCAUUGCCGAAAGAUUGGUCACACAAAGAACCGUUGUUAUCAACUGGUUGGUUACCCGAAGAAGCCAAGAGAUGACACAAGCACGGGUUACACGGGAAACUCCAGCACAGGCUACACGGGAAACUCUGUCGCUCCAAGUAGCUACAUGGCUGCUGCUCCACAGUUAACCCAUGAUCAAUACAAUCAACUUUUAUCAUUGCUCCAAACUGGUACUACGACAACAAUUGCAAAUCUUGCAGGACCUACAAACGAAGAAGCUGAUUGGUCAGGGUGA